AUGGAUAAUGAACCCAAGGUCGAUAGGUCUUAUACCCGAGACCACCGCUUCUGGUCUGUUAUUAUUGCUCUUAGCACUAUGGUAUUUCUCGGUUUUCUUGAAAAUACUGUGAAAGUGACAGUAUCAAGAACCGCGUUUUUAAACUAUGCCGCCGUACAGCCCCUUUUUAGACAGUUAUCGAACCUGUUUGGCCGCCGGUUCCUUGCCUUAUUAAUUGUUGCAAUAUAUAUUCUCGGCAGUGGGAUAUCGGGUGGGGCCAAUUACCCUGCUAUGCUUAUCACAGGUCGUGCAAUCCAAGGCGCGGGUAGUGGCGGGAUGACCAUGAUCGUGAGUGUUAUCAUAUCCGAUCUCGUCCCUUUACGUGAUAGGGGAUAUUUCCAAGCUAUCAUAGCAAUGACCUUUGGCAUUGGGAUGGCGAUUGGCCCCGUUAUUGGUGGCCUUAUAGUGCAAAAUAUUUCGUGGAGAUGGGUCUUCUAUAUAAAUUUACCAGUUGGUGGACUCUCGCUCGUCCUCCUAUGGCUAUUUCUGCAUGUCAAAUGGGACAGAGAAACUAAGGUCCGUGACAAACUGAAAGCUAUCGAUAUCAUCGGAAAUACGGUUCUAGUCGCCUCGACUGUAUCAAUUCUUAUUGCUCUAACCUGGGCGGGUGCUAUUCAUUCAUGGUCAUCAUACCAAAUUAUUGUCCCCUUGGUCAUGGGUGUUCUCGGACUAAUAGGAUUUUGUGGGCUGGAAGGCUCUACGUUGGUUCCUAAUCCAGUUAUGCCGCUACGACUGUUCGCGAAUCGAACGUCCAUGAUUGUAUAUGCAAACACAUUUCUUGUUUCGAUGCUUAAUUAUUGGAUAUUCUUUUUCCUUCCAAUAUAUUUCCAAUCUGUAAAACUCUCAACACCAUCUCGAUCAGGGGUUCAAAUAUUACCCAUUACCUUUAUCCUCAUCCCUGGUGCAGCUAUCGGAGCAAUUGUUUUAUCCUCUUGGGGGAAAUAUAAACUUCUCCACAUUGGAGGGUUUGCCCUUCUUACUGCCGGCAUGGGAUAUUUGUCCGUGUUGGAUAAAGGCUCUAACACGGCUGAAUGGGUCUGCCUUCAGAUAAUACUGCCCUCUUUAGGUGCUGGGAUUGUGGUGGACACACUAUUGCCAGCGUUCCAAACUGGAGUCGCUGAGUCGGAUUCAGCCGCUGCUACAGCAAGUUGGACAUUUAUCAGAAGCUUUGGAAAUAUAUGGGGCGUCGCAAUACCAUCAGCCAUCUUCAAUUCAUAUACUAACCAAUAUGCAUAUGACAUAAUUGACUCUUCAGCACAAGAAUAUCUGCUGCACGGAGAUGCAUACUCGAGCGCAACAAAAGCCUUCGUCGAAGGGUUUCCUAUGCAAGCCCAAUCUCAAAUCAUCGAGGUAUUUACGAAGGCUCUAAGCAAGGUUUUCAUGAUCGCCACAGCAUUUUCCGGACUUGCUUUCGUGUUGAGCUUUAUUGAAGGGGAAGUAGAACUACGGACAGAACUGACAACGGAUUUUGGAUUAGAAGAGAAGGAACCGACUGGAACAAGUAACAAGGUGUAAUGAUACUUAUGAGAGAUAUAUUUAUGAAGAACAUUUAUCUCUUAAUUGAUCUGGAUAUUAACGUAUAACUGCC